GUAAAAUCAAUUAUGAGCUUAUUGUAAAAGCCUUUUAAUUAACAUUGCUAUGAAUGUGAUUUCAUUUGUUUUAUUGAACGAUUUUAUAUAUUGUUAUGGAAGAAUGAAUGGAAAAUAAAAGCAUUAUAUGAUUUUUAACUCCUUUGUGAUGGAAACUACAUCAUAUAAGUGCUUUUCUUCUGCUUGGAAUAAUUGCAAAAUAUGCUAAAAAGAUUUUGGUAUAAUUUGAUUUAUGUUGAUCAAAUACUACUGUUUGUUACGUAGAUGUAUUCUUGUGUAUCACAGUAACGGACCAUUAAAUUUUUCAUAUUCAUUUUUAUCUUUGAAAUCAGAAUUUCAUUUGACAAUUUGUCUCUAUUUUUUUAUUUCAAUUCUUCGACUAAUAUAUUCUCUUAAAAAUCAUAUUUAGUAAACUAAUUUUCCAAAAUCUAGCUAAACGUUUAAUACAUAUUAAGGGUAGGUACUAGAUGUUGCAACAAAUUGUUAAAAUAUUAGAGUCCGAUGCUGUAAAAGAAUAUUCUCUUUGCCACAGUUAUUUCAAUUUUUUUGUUUUAUAUCGCACUAGUACAAAUCAAAUAAAAUGUUUCCGAACAUAAAAAAUAUGAAAAUAAAAUCAAUUGUACUUAUUUUACAUACGUCAAAAUUUUCCAGGUCAAGUUCGAGGUCAAGCUGGUACAUUUCAAAGAAUUUAAAAUUAGUUAAACAAGAGCGCUUUAUUGAGGUUGCAUGUGCAAUCUUUUGUGUAGUAAAGGUUCCUAAUCGUCAAGUCCUUAUAUAAAAUGUUACUAUUAGAAUUAGACUACACGACAUUUAAUCCACUACGUUAUCGAUUUCUACGUAACAGUAGGUAGUAGAAAAUGUCGAUGAAAAAUGAAAAAUAUGCUGCUAAUAUUUGUAAGUUAAAAACGCUGGAUGCAAACAUACAGAAUCUAAUCAACAUGGCAGUGGAAACGAGACUUAACUCCUACUCUCCAUACAGUAACUUCAAAGUAGGUGCCAGCGUUCUCUGCGACGAUGGGAAAAUCUUCUCCGGUUGCAACGUUGAAAACAACGCUUUCACUGUAGGGCUUUGUGCAGAGAGGUGCGCCUAUGGUAAAGCCAUAAGCGAAGGAAACAUGAAAUUUAAAGCAGUUGCAGUAGUAGCGCAACAAGAAAAUUCUUUCACAACUCCUUGCGGCGCCUGUCGUCAGUUCAUGAACGAAUUUGGAAAUGUAGAUGUUUACAUAACGAAACCGAAUUGUAAUGAUGUUUUGGUUUUAAAUAUGGACCAGCUGCUACCUUUUAAAUUUGAGACUGUAGGUAACACUUUUAUAUAAAUUGUUGUAUUACAGGAAAAUUAAAAAAUUAUGUGAUAAAUAAAACAGAAUUAUUAAAA